UCCAGCUUCCACCCCCUGUUUGCCCUUGAUUAUUAUUUUUGUAUACGGUAGCGCAAACGCUGCAUAUUGCCGCUCAUGCUUCCCGGAUGAUGUGAGUGAGGCAACAUGGCCGAUGCUACGCAAGGGAGUUCGCGUGGCAUUCGGAAGCCGCGAAAAUCCCGGGGCCGUGGAUUGCGGGCCACCACUGGAUGUCUGAUCUGCAAAAAGCGUCAUGUCAAAUGCGACGAGGCUCGCCCACAAUGCGGUCCGUGUGCCAAAGGCAAGCGUGACUGUGUCUAUGGCACUGGCACCACGAGUCAUCCUCAAGCUCCUGGCUCUGGGCCAAUCACUACUCCUGCUCUCGCCAUCCAUAAACCUCCCUCAAUAGAGCAUCUGCCGGUGCGAAGCCAAGUGCAUGAGCCGCUGCAAGUCCUGGUCGAUGCUUGUCAGCAUCAACCUCCCGCACCCGAAACACGGCCCUUGGCUCGUUCCGCCUCCAUACCAGCAUCGCCAGGUGUCUCGACCAGCCAGACACUGACACCGGCCUUUCCAUCCCAUCAGAGUAUUUAUCUCACUUCGCCACCCUCGACCCACGAUUUAGCACCGUCUCCUGCAACAGAUUCCUCUGUCUCCUCGAGACUGGCCCCUCUCAGCUGGUUCGAGUUAUUGGCCAACGAUGCCGUCAAUGCGGAUCGCAGUCUGGUCCUGUCUCCUGCCCCAGGGGACCAUCUCGCCGGAGCCGUAUCCUUAACCAACUUCCUUCCACGCUCCAAGAGGGAGUGUGAGAGUUUUCAGGCUGCAGCUUUCAGACGCGACCCCGAGCUGGAGAAUCGCCUACCCACGUCAACCACCAACCAGCAGCCCGUCCGCCCCGAUCACCCUUCGUCAUGGUCCACCCCGGCUCCAAUCGAGUUGACAGAAUUGGAGCACCUGCUCUUUAGCCACUUCGUGCGGAAUGUAAGCCGCUGGUUCGACUUCUACGACCCCGGGCGCCACACAGCAUCGAUAGUCCCUCAGCUUGCUGUAAGGAACACGGGGUUGAUGAAAGCCCUUCUGGCUCUUUCAGCCCGCCACCUGUCAAUUUGGCAUGCUAGAAAAGACCAAGGACGGGGUGCCGGUUUUGUUAUGCCUGGAUCGUCGAAGAGCUUUGCGGAUUUCCCGGCCGUGGAUCGCCACCUGGCCGUCCAGUAUUACUAUGAAACCUUGAAUUACCUCAACAAAGCGAUGCAGUACCCGAGCUACGCGUCCAGCCGCGAGCUGAUAUCGACUGCCUUGCUGAUCAGCACGUACGAAAUGGUGGAUGGAUCCAACAGUGACUGGGAACGACAUCUGAAGGGGGUGUUUUGGAUACAAAGAUUCCAAAACAACAACGGCGAUUGCGGUGGCCUGCGCCAAGCGAUCUGGUGGAUUUGGCUGCGACAAGAUGCCUGGGUGGCCAUGCGUCAACGGCGGCGUCUGUUCAGUUUCUGGAAACCCGAGCGGCCCAUCUCCUCCCGGACCGCCCCGGAGCUAGCUUGCUUUGCAUCUUAUCUGCUUGCCCAAUGCAUCAACUACGCUUCUCAGGAAGAAACGGUGUCGAAUGACAUACAGAGCCGGCUGGAAAGAGGUAACGAGCUCCUCUGUAUGCUGCAGGAAUGGCAGGAUUGCCUGCCGGCGGAAUUUGACCCCCUUCCCACUGUACAGUACACGGAUGUCUUCCCACCCAUAUGGGUCCAUCCUCCCCCGUACGCGGCUGCUUUGCAAAUCCAUAGCCUCGCUAGAAUCCUUGUGAUUUCCAAUCGCCCCCCGACCGGUGACUUCCAGGACUACCGGGCGGCACAAAAGAUCCUGACGACCGCUGUGAACACCAUUUGCGGCAUUGCGCGGACCGUAGCGGAGGACGAACUUGCCGGUGGACUGACGGCGCUGCAAUGCUUAUUUGGGGCGGGAAUGAGCGUUCACGCCCCUGAUGAACGAGCCGCACUACUGGAAUUGAUCGAUAAAUUCGAGCGGCUAGUGUGCUGGCCCAGUUAUUCGCUUCGGGAUACCGUCGAGGCGGAGUACGCCAAAGAAAGCCUGGCUGGGUCCGUGGGAUGAAAUUUUCGGGUUGGACCUCGGCAAUCUCCCUAAUUGAUCACCAAGGCCGAUCCUCGGCUAUCCACUCCCCCACAUGGCUUGCGAUAGACACGCCGUCAUACCAGAGGAAGACCCAUCACGCCAGGGAAUGGAAUUAAACAGUGGGUUCUGGUUAUCUGAUCGUGGCUGAUCUGACCUUCUUCCCGAACCCAUUUUUGAGAUCUCCGGGCCAAACUCGGCUUGAGACCGAGACCAUCUGUGCCGACACUGACCGCGCAGGUGUUACGUGGUCCUGCGGAUGAAAGUUUGUGCCCAUGAUCCAUUGUAUAAUAGAAUGAGCUAUGAUGUAUGAUGAAAGGGAGAGACCCGUAUUGAACAUAGUCGCGCGUUGGUCAUGGGGGUGGACGUCAUGGACUGAAACAUCUUGAAGUGAGACCUCUUGUUUGACGCACAACAUACGGGAUAGACCAAAG